CCUCCUUACUCUCCAUUGGCGCCUAAAACCCUAUUUGCAUUUCUCCAUUUCAUAUCCAGCUCUCUCCAUCUCUUUUUCUUCUUCUCUCUGUUCACACAGAUAUAACAUCUUCAGUCUAGAGCAGUGACAGUGAGAAAAAAUGGCUAUAAUUUGGACGCUUUGCAUUGCUAGUCUUCUUUCUUUUUUGACGGGCGCUAACGCAAAGGUCCCCGGUGUUUAUACCAGUGGACCCUGGGAGAGCGCCCACGCCACCUUUUACGGUGGUGCUGAUGCCUCCGGCACAAUGGGUGGUGCGUGUGGGUACGGGAAUUUGUACAGCGCAGGAUACGGAGUGAACAAUGCAGCAUUAAGCACUGCACUUUUCAACAAUGGGCUGAGCUGCGGUGCUUGCUUUGAGAUAAGGUGCACCGAUCCGAAAUGGUGCACCCCUGGGAACCCGUCCAUAUUUGUAACGGGUACAAACUUUUGUCCGCCAAACUAUGCUUUGCCUAAUGAUAAUGGAGGGUGGUGCAACCCACCUCGUCCUCAUUUCGAUCUUGCCGAGCCUAUGUUCCUCAAAUUCGCUCAGUAUCGUGCUGGCAUCGUCCCCGUAACCUACCGUCGGGUUCCAUGCAAAAAAUCAGGAGGAAUCAGAUUCACAAUCAAUGGUUUUAAUUACUUCAACAUGGUAAUAGUGACCAACGUGGCAGGUGCAGGUGACAUUCAGAAAGUUUUCGUAAAAGGUACAAACACAAAAUGGAUGGCUAUGAGCCGUAAUUGGGGCCAAAACUGGCAAUCCAAUGCUCAGCUUGUUGGUCAAGCUCUCUCCUUUAAAGUCAAAGCCAGUGACCAUCGCUAUGUUACCACAUACAACGUGGCACCAUCUAAUUGGCAGUUUGGCCAGACUUAUGAGGCCAAAAAUUUCCGAGUUUAACUUAAAAUAUUGAGUUGAAUACUAUCAUUACAAAAAAACAAAAAAAUAAAAAAAUUACUUUUCUUUAGUUUCAUAUACUAAGUAUACCAUUUUCUCCACCUUCAGUUUUUCUCUUUUUUAACGGGAAAGAUUUUUGGUAUAUGGGGAAGUAGUUUCGUUUUACAUUUUACUAUUUUAGUAAUGAUGUAUAAGUGCUGGUAAAAGAAAGUUAAAGCCAGCCAAAAGGGGAAAUGGGAAGGUUUAUAUAUAGAGGCUGAUGCGGCUGCAGAAGGAUCGAAAUUAGGACAAAAAUGUAGCCCGCAGCUCUAUUAUAUUUGCAAUUAUUUCUAUUGACUUAUAUGUAAUGGAAUUAUAUAUUGUCUAUGAAUAUGAAUAUCACAAAUUGUCCUUUUUAAUUUUUA